CAGAAACCAAAAAACAAAGCGCAAUUCAUUUCAUUACACUUUGUUUUCUUUCUUUUAACUUUUGUUUUCCUGUUUGAGACUGCAGCAAAGUUUUAUCUUUCUAUCCUCAUAAAAACGGGUUCGCUAUUCGUAGAUAGUCUCAUAUUAGAUUUAUCUAUAUCAUUACUAUUCUACCUUUUUUCCUUUCAGGAACAUCUUUCUGCAACGAUUUACAGCACUUAUUGUUAUUGUAAGCUUAGUAUUAUAAAUCACCGUAACACUACAUCAGCUACGAUACAUCAAUUCUGUCUAUUUAAAGCAAAAACCGUGCAAAAGAAUGUCCAAAAAAGCAUCACCAGCCCAGCAUAAUAAUGAAGAUCAUCCAUACAAUCCUACACACCAGCCGUUGACGCCGGAACAGCAACAAGAGCAAGCUAUUUUUCUCGAAUCUUUCUAUGACCGUUUGAUCGGUAUGACCUUUGAUGAGAGUGCAAUAGCUAUAGAGAAUUGUAGAGAGUUGUGUGCUGAAUACGGCUUUACUGUCAAGCAAGAAGCAAGUACACAUAGAAACAUCUAUGUGUACUGCUCUCGAGAAGGUCUCCCUGAUUCCCUUCGAAAUCCGAAAGCCAACCCACAAAGAAAACGUCCUUCUAAAAGGUGCGAUUGCCGCUGGCGCGUCGUACUGUUCGAAAAUGAGAAACAUAAAUGGGAAUUUAGAAAAUCCUUAAAUCCUGAAGCGGGUAAACAUAAUCAUGAGUUAAUGAAGCCCGAAGAAAUCGAACGCUCGUGGCCAAAAGAGGUAACCGAAGCUAUUUGUCAACUAGCUCGAUUACGUUUACAGACUCAAGAGAUUCGAAAUCGUGUCCGAGCGCAAUUUCCAAAUAUUCAUUGGAACGAGCGAAGGUUCUACAAUAGACUCUCUGAAGAACGUCAAAAGAUCAAACUACGGGAUUCAAUUGAACGCACCGAACAACUGAAUCACCUUUGGAGUAAAGUUUGUAUGGCAGCUGCUGGUAACGAAGAUCUGUACCAUGUCGUUAAGCAAGAAUUGACAAUGCUCUUUCAGUCCAUUUGCGAGACGGUCCAGAUUGAUCCUCAAACAUUUCCAAAUCCAACGAUCAUAUCAAAUAAUCGCUCUGUAUCCUCUUUCCCUACUGAGCUAACCACAGAAGGAGCUGGUACUUCUUCUCCAUCUUCUUCUACUUCAGUCCCUCGACAUCCUCAGCAGCAAACAUGUUAUACCCAACCACCACCUGGCACCAGCAACUUCCAACAAACUUUGCCUGUGGGCCCUUUGGAAAUCACAUCAAAAAACAAUCUCUUUAUCAGUCGUCAACAACAACUACCAUAUAAUGAUAUGCCCAAUAGCACAACAAAAAACUCUUUCAAAGAAGUAAAUCGUAAUAGGGCUACAUUUUCACCAAUGCCUGCAACUCCAUCAUCAACACUCGUUUCAAAAUCUGAUAUACCAGCGCCUAAAGGUUUCAUAUCUGUAGAAUUGUCGAGGCAAAUAUAUUUCGUAAAAAUCCACAAUCACCGUCAGUUAAACGAUACUCAAUUCCUCAAAACACAACAACAGCAACGUAAAGCUCGUGCUCUUUCUGACGACCCACAACUCAAUAAUAGUAACAAUAAUUGCCAGUACCUAGAGCCUGUUCGUAAACAAGCACGAAGAAUAAAGCAACGACAUGUGUCGGCUGACCUUUGCAGUGAUGGACGUUUUACAUUACAUCAACCCUUUCCCUCCAUUAAUAAUAAUCUAUUUCAACAGCAGCAUCAAAAUAUAAUCACUCCAGCAUCAUUUGCACAAGCUUCACUACCUCAAUCUUUUCAAAAACAACAAGAGCAACAACAUCAACAACUAUCAUAUGCAAACUACAACCAUCCAAAUAAUAGUACCGCUAAUAACAGUAGUAGCAACAGCCAUUUUGGAAGUAGCAGCCAACAUAGCACAACUGCUAACAACAGCACCAAUUUAGCCGUUGGUUCAAUAUCUACUACACAUGAGGCAAGUCUGCCCCCUGCAGCUUUUGUUUAUUCCUCUUACGAAAGUGCUGCUGCUGCUGCUGCUGCUGCUUACAAUUUGGCCAGUGCAGAUAAUAGUUCACCCAACACACAGAGAACAUUUAAUACACCUACUCCAUCUGGCAUGGAUUUUGAUGCAAAUCCAUUUGAUACUGCAGCUGCUAAUACCACUAAUGCAGCUGCUAUAGAGGGCCAUCAACAUCAUUCAAAUCAAUCACAUAAGACAACCAAUGAAUCAUACAAUACAACUUCAAUUCACUCUGCAUUAAACCAUUCAUCUAUAUCAGCAGCAGCUACCGCUCCUCCUACCAAUUCUACCAAUUCUCUUCUGUCUCCUCAGCAGUCCACCUCAUUACAGUCAGCUUCUUCUACAACAACUUGUACGUUCAAUACAGCCACUUGCAUUAAUAAUGAUUCUUCUGCAAACAGUACACCUGCCACUACUCCUUCAAAUACAGUUGUGUCAACAGCUCAGCAACAACAACAUCAUGUUGGAUUUAGCUUCACUGAUCUAUAUAACACUUCUACUGCAGCGGCUGCAGCAACUUUGACGGCUUCAGUUACUAACACAACUGCUGAUCCGAAUGAGCGCUUGCUUACUCGAGAGAAUAGAACAAGCUCAUCAGGACCUAUUUCGCCAUCUAUUGAUUUCUCAUCCAUUAUAACAUCUCAUCAGCAGCAGCAGCAGCGUGCAUCUUUUGAUCAUAGUAAGAAUACUCAGUACCAAGAGUUAUAUCUACGAUCAGAUCAACGUACUGCUGAUUCUUCUGUUUUACCAAUAUUUUCUUCUCCGUCCAUGGAUGUUGAUACGAGCAUCAAUCAGCAACAGCAGUAGCACCUCAGCAAAAAUGACUUAGUGUAAAUAUAUCCUGUCGGUUUCAUUCGAAAUGCCAUUGCUGUUGUUGUUGUUGUUUUGUUUAGCUUUAUAUUUUUGACAUCAAAUUAUUACUAAGAGACAUAUAGAUAGAAUUGUGCCCCCUUUCAUCUUGCAUUCGCCUUGCAUUCGCCUUCACCCACGUUUCAUUUAUGCAUAUCAAAAAAGCCAAAGUUUCUCUUAUAAGCAUUUGUAGCCAUACUCUAUUUUUGCAAUGCUUCCAAAGACAUGCUCAUAUAAAUUGUCCUCUUGAAUAUCUCGUUUUUUAUACACCUUAAAAAGGAGAUAACCCUAAAGUAUUAUAUAUCAAAGCAAUCAAUCUCAUAUCUUUAC